UGAAACUAUGCUAUGCCAUUGUAGCGUCACAACGUGGAAAUAAAGAAUGAGGACCACGAUAUCGAUGGACAUAGGCAGUUUACAAUGCCCGGAAAGCAACCUUCACAACAUUUUCCUGCAGAAUAUCGAUAUCCCCCAUCAAAGAUGACCCCAGAAGAGAUUAGUUCUCAAUCAGGUUUAGGUGUCCUUGAGAGUGAUAUAACUGAAGAAGACCUUAUCAUCACAAAAAUGGCUAGCAAUACUCGUCGAGCACAAGCUGAGCUAGUGAAACUGCGGGAACGGAAUGCCGAACUAGAAUCCCAGCUGAGUCUUAAGACUAAACUCGUCGCCGAUCUCUCGCAACAGAAUACGGAGCUGUCUCGUCAGGCCUCGGACACCUCUCAUCAGAACUCAGAACUAUCUCGACGAAUCGGUCAACUGAAAUCGACAACCAGAGAGGCAAUUGACAAGGCUAACAGGAGUUGUGUCGAACUCAGAGAUUCUUAUGAGGGGCUCCGAAUGCAAUUUCAAGCGUCAUCUACUUUGGUGAACGAUGCUCAAAAAACAAUGGAAAGCCUUGAAGAACUUCGGGAUGCCGCUCGUACCGGCCUCCAAGUAUUUAUCGACGAUACUGGUCAUCUGCCCAAUGUGGGCCAGACGAGGACAAUUGUAAACGAGCUACAGGCUGAGCUUACUCGGACUCAACAGGUGGCUGAUCUCCUGCGAGAAAAACUGCAAAACAUGGGUUCUGAGCUAAUAGAUGCCCGGGCGCGCGUCGCAGAACUGGAGGAGCAUUUUGGGAAUGACAGAAAGUUGAUUUCCUCGACAGCAUCGGACCUUGAGCGAACCUCCGAACGUGUUGCAGAUAUAGCUGAGUACCUGAAGCUCCAGAAGCAUGAAACAAUUGACGCUCUCAGCAACCUUGCGCAAGCGGAGGAACGGCUAGCUCACAGCCAGUCACGCUUGCAAGAAAGCGAGGUGAUGGUGCAUUCCAUGCGACAGGAGAUGGAAUCUAUGAGACAGGAGUAUUAUUUUGCGUUUUUGGCAAUUCAGCUGCUGGUAACACAACAUUCUUAGAAUUUCUGAGCUUGAAGAAGCUGUGCACGAUGCUAAGGCGCAAACUCUGAUCCUGCAGAACACCGAAAAGUUCCAGGAACAACGCA